AUGAUUGGCAUGGCUACUGAUGUUAGCCGAGUGGUUUCGUUCGAGGUUAAGUGUUGAAUUUGUCUUAACCUGAUCUUACAUGUUUUACUUCGAUUUAUAUUAAUUAUUUCAUCGAGAUUCUUAUAUAACGUGGAGGUGAUAAAAGAUGGAGCGCAACGAAGAAGAUUGGUCGAUAGAAUGUUCAGACGACGAGAAAUACGAAAUGGAUGGAAAAAACGAAUGGACUUUGAAACCUGACGAUAUAUUAACCUUGAUCGAGGCCCUCGAAGCCAAUAACAGAGCUUUGGAACUCGACUGGAAGUGUCCAGGUAGAAGAGGUCCAUCACCUGUUCCUUCAAGCAAUCGGCAGCAAGAUAAUGGCUCGCAGGAGUACAAGACAGAAGAAAAGUCAGACUUUGAUUUUAUGGAUGAGAUGUCGUCGCCGAGAUUACCGGUUCGUAGAACUGGAGAAAGCACUCCAAAAGGAAGUGCUAAGAAGAAGACUGCAAGUUUUAACGGUGUACUAUCAACUAUGUUACGACAUCGUAGAUUAGAACAGCAAGAAAUUAAUUCGAGUCCAAAAAAGAUUGAGUCAUCCGUAUCAAAGACGCAGCCGACGUAAUUGUUACAUUGAUGCAUUGCGAGAAAUGAAUGAAACACGAUAUAUGUUACAAGCAUAAGAGAACUGAGAGAAAAGACAGAACGAAAAAAGGGAAGAUUGAAAUAAAUAAAUUUCAUGGGUUUCCUUUGACUGGGUGAUUGCUUUUAGCCCAGUCUGGAAAUCC